GAUUCCCCAUAGCGAUUAAUCCGAGCACUGCAGUUGUCAGUAGCUACAGUACGUUUUCCCGGGUCCAUGUUGAAGUUUGUCAACCCAGACUUUCUCGCAUACUCGCUUCGUCAGGUCAUUCCAGGGCACGCGUUGCAUCCGUUUGACCCCGCUCGUCCCGCUCGCAGGUAGAAGAUAACCGACUACACCCGCGCGAACUCAGUUGGAGAGUAAUGCACCAGUGGAGUGUUGGAAAAUAACAUUUCUGUUUGCGGACCUGCGUAUGAGGGCUCUGUCUGGCGGGGCUCGGCAGCUCCUCAAUCCGGCCUGGAGACUCCUCGGCUCCCUCCCUCUCUCUAUCCCUCUCUCCCUACCUCCCUCUGGCUCCAAUGGUGUAAGCCGACGCAUCACCGCGGGGGAUUCUGACACGCUGCACACAGCCCAGUAACCUCCAGCUCUAUCUCCCUCCAGCCCAGUAUCAGAAGGCAGGGGAGGGUAUGAGAAUGGUGUCUAGGCCCUGAAGCCCAGCAGCAUGUCAGAGCAAGGAGACAAAUGCACCACCCCCCGCUGGAAACAUGAGGCCAUGCAAAAUGGGUACAUCCCCAGUUACCUGGACAAGGACGAGUUAUGUGUGGUAUGUGGGGAUAAAGCUACAGGAUAUCACUAUCGCUGUAUCACCUGUGAAGGAUGCAAGGGUUUCUUCCGGCGGACGAUCCAGAAGAACCUGAACCCGACGUACGCUUGUAAGUACGAGGCAAAGUGCGUCAUCGAUAAGGUGACCAGGAACCAGUGCCAGGAAUGUCGCUUCAAGAAGUGCAUCGCUGUCGGCAUGGCAACAGACUUGGUGCUGGACGACAGCAAGCGGCUCGCCAAGCGGAAGUUGAUCGAGGAGAACCGUGAGCGGCGGCGGAAGGAUGAGCUCCAGAAGACGGUGUGGGACCGGCCUGAGCCGUCCCAGGAGGAGUGGGACCUGAUCCGCAUGGUCACCGAGGCCCACAUGUCAACUAACGCCCAGGGCAACCACUGGAAACAGAAACGCAAGUUCUUGGUCGAGGAAGCAAUGCUACUUAAUGAAAUAACAUGUAAUUUAUUCUAUACUUCUGACCAGAGUGCAGUGGGGGUGAAGGAAACCAAGCCUGAGGACAUUGGUCAAGCGCCGGUCAUAAAUGCACCUGAAGGGAGCAAAGUGGACAUUGAAGCCUUCAGUCAGUUUACAAAAAUUAUCACCCCCGCCAUUACCCGAGUGGUGGACUUUGCCAAAAAGCUGCCUAUGUUCUGUGAGCUGCCUUGUGAAGACCAGAUUAUCCUAUUGAAAGGCUGCUGCAUGGAGAUCAUGUCUUUACGGGCGGCCGUUCGCUACGACCCAGAGAGCGAGACGCUGACACUUAACGGGGAGAUGGCCGUGACCCGCGGCCAGCUGAAGAACGGAGGCCUGGGUGUGGUGUCGGACGCCAUCUUUGAUUUGGGAGUGUCGCUGUCGUCGUUCCACCUGGACGACUCUGAGGUCGCUCUGCUACAGACCGUCAUCCUCCUGUCCUCCGACCGUCCGGGGCUGACCAGCGUGGACCGUAUUGAGCGCUGUCAGGAGGAGUUCCUUCUGGCCUUUGAACAUUACAUCAACUACCGCAAACACAAGGUGGCGCAAUUCUGGCCCAAGCUGCUGAUGAAGGUGACGGACCUGCGGAUGAUCGGGGCGUGCCACGCCUCCCGCUUCCUGCAUAUGAAGGUGGAGUGCCCCAACGAACUCUUCCCCCCACUCUUCCUGGAGGUCUUUGAGGAUUGACGGACAGACGGGCCCACACACCCUGCCGAGGUGUGUGUCGGAGUGUGUGUGUGCGUGGGCGCCUGGCGGGGGCUACAACAGUGGGCCUCAGAGUGGCUCUUGGCGUCUUGGGACACGUUGUUGGAACUCUCAUUAGCACUACUGAGUCACUUCAUUCCAUACCUUAGGUGUAGCCUAGCUUCUCAGCCUAGUUCUUAUGGAUGGAACCAUCCCUUACGAUGCGGGUACAUGUGAAUAGCAUUUUGUUUUUGUUUUUUAUUUUGUAAAUGUUUCACUUCUCAGUUACUUCUCUAUACGUUUUUUGUGUUAAUUGUACAGUCUAAUUGCUGCCGUCGACAGUGCUCGUUCAGUCAGUCAUACGAACCAUGCAACGUGUAGUGUUUCAUUUUAGUCCAUUUUAAUACCGAAUGCUGACUCCACCAACACUGAGAAGGUCAGUGACUGACAGCAGAAACUAGCUAACCAGCAUUAUUCCCUUCCUUUUCGCAUUCUCUUCCUACGAUACUUCCCCAGUCAAGGGAUGUGGAGUAGCUUUCAUACAGGUGUCCUUCUGGUGCUGGUGUUCUGUGAGAGCUACAGUUGAAGUCUGAAGUUUACAUACACUUAGGUUGGAGUCAUUAAAACUCGUUUUUCAACCACUCCACAAAUUUCUUGUUAACAAACUAUAGUUUUGUGCAUGACACAAGUAACUUUUCCAGCAAUUGUUUACAGAUUAUUUCACUUAUAAUUCACUGUAUCACAAUUCCAGUGGGUCAGAAGUUUACAUACACUAAAUUGACUGUGCCUUUAAACAGCUUGGAAAAUUCCAGAAAAUGAUGU